CUCUCGUGACAUUUUCCUAGCAUGGUUCCUGCUCUGAUCUCCUCCUACAUGCCGAAGCUCCCCUACAGCAACCUCGAAUGGGGUGUGAUCCAGAAGAAGGUCGGCCCUUUCUUGUGGCUCAUGGUGAUCUCCACCAUCCUCGUCCUCUUCGUCAUGGAUUCCUCAACGAGAUUCAGCAGUAGUGUUGCGGUCAGUCAUAGCGGAGGCCUAAAACAAGGCAGUGCUAGAUCUCUGCCUGCUAAUGACACCGAUGCCACCUCCCCUGAGCUCUCUUCUGGUGACAUCGGAGAGGUGUGUGACAUAUCAGAAGGUAAGUGGGUGGAAGAGCCCCGAGGUUCAAUAUACACCAACACCACAUGCCCAACGAUGCCGGAUAUAAAAAACUGCGGCAAGUAUGGCAAGGAUCAGAGCUACGUCUACUGGAGAUGGCAACCCAAGGGCUGCGACAUACCGCGGUUCGAGCCGGAGACAUUUUUGGGCAUGGUCAGGGGGAAGAAGAUGGCCGUCAUCGGCGAUUCGCUGGCUCGAGAUCACGUUGAGUCUCUGCUGUGUCUCUUGUCCCAGGCAGAGAUUCCAAGCAUCACUUUCAGGGAUGAAAUCGACAAAUGCGUGACGUGGAACUUCCCGGAGCACAAUUUCACCCUCAUGGUGUUGUGGACGGAGUACAUUGUGGAGACGAUACCCAGGAUCGAAAAUGGAACAGUAGCUUCAUAUGAAAUCCACUUGGACAAGGCGAGCAGGAAUUGGACAGAGAAGCUUCCUGGCGUGGACUAUGCCAUUCUCUCAGGUGGCAACUGGUUCUUCAGAGCAGUCCACUUGUAUGAAGGAGGGAAGCUUAUUGGCUGUAUAAACUGCUGGGAGCAAAACUUAACUCGUUAUGAAGUUACUUAUGCCAUCAGAAGGGUGGUCAGAACAGGGCUCCAAUUCAUAAGCACAUGCAAGGAGUGUGAAGGGCUUACCACCUUCUUGAGGACCUACACACCUUCACACUUUCAGAACGGGUCGUGGUUCGACGGAGGGUACUGCAACAGGACUAGUCCCUUGGAUGAGAGCCAGAUAAGGCUGACUGAUGUUGCAUGGGAGAUUAGGAACAUACAAAGGGAAGAAAUUGCAAGAGUGAGAGAGAAUCACAGGGGAGGCAAGGUCAAGUUUGGGGUGCUUGAUAUCACAAAAGCUAUCAUGAUGAGGGCUGAUGGUCAUCCUGAGGGACAUUGGACGAAGAGAGCUGAGGGAAGAGCGAAUGACUGCUUGCAUUGGUGCUUGCCGGGGCCUGUUGACAUGUGGAGUGAUGUGUUGCUAGCAACUCUCAUGAAGAAUUCUUUAUCCUGAUCAUUGAAUUGUUUAUCGAUCAUUUUUGUGUUAAACGCUCAGUGAUGUCCACAGAAUUGUUUUGCCAACUCUUAAACUUGAGCCAUGCAUAUCAAAUUUGAAAGGCAACAAUACUGGCAAAAGAAGCCUGUUGGAUCAUUAAUCCAACAUUGGAUUUAUAUGUGAAAUAAUUAUGUAUUAUGGGUUGUCAUGUUCGGUUAAACCUAAUUAAA